AUGACCGACCUUACGAAAUUACUGAGCGACAGUUCUGUGUCGGCUCAACAAGCUGCUGAACAGCUCGCGAGCCCUUGCCUGGAGGCUAUCAAGAAGAAUGAAGACGAUUCAAAAAUUGAGGGGGAGUUUGACAGUCUCUGGUCUUCGGUGCUCUCCGCUGCCGAGCAGACCCCCCACGACAAGCAAGGGAAGCUAGUGGAAACCUUGCAUGCGAUAAAGAGCAUUCCGCAAUCUGCAGAGACAGCCAAGAAGGUUGUCGUUUGGGGUGAGGAGAAGCGCUGGGAUGAGCUACCCAUGUUUGGGGGCAAGGCACGCGAGCAGCUCGACAUCGCACAAGAAAAGUCGGAUGAAGCCUUUGUCAAUAUCAACGGCUUCUUUGCGCGCGCAACUACUGCUGGGGUUGAUGACCUUAGCCUCUUCGCCAUCUGGACCUUGCGCGAGGCGCUUGAGGACCCUGCUGCUGAUAAGAUCUCGGAGACGUCGCCCAAGCUAUUGAAGGCUUCUUCUGUCUGGUUCACCUACGCCGCCGAUGCACUUGCAAAGGCGAGCAAGGAUGGAAAGCAGUUUGACGGCAAAGUCGCCAAACCGGGUGCUAGCCUGACGGAGUUUAAGGAUGAGGCCGGAUGGAGGGGCUUCAACAAUGACAGAUGGAAGGUCUGGCUCGAUAGGUUGUCGGCUCUGAAGGAAGCAGAUGUCCCAGAGGAAACCAAAUCGUUAGUGGUUCAAGCGCUGAUGAUACGAGAAGUCUCCGCGCUGAAGCCGGACAUCCGUCUGGCUCAGGCGGUAUCAGAGUUUGAAGCAGCGCUUACAGCUGAACAAAAACUCACCUUCAGAGCCUCCCGAACAGCAGCGAUCAGCACAGCACCAACCAUGUCCGACGUCAUGCGUCUCACAGCAGAGAUGGACCUCAAGGCAACGAGCAAGCAUGGUCGCAUACGAUGUUUCGGGCCGCGAUUAACCAACAUGCUUCAGGCUAUACAGCAGUUUGCAGCGUUGGGUGACAUCGUCGUCGGCGGGUCCCAGAACCUUAUCGCAUGUGGAGUCUGGUCCGCUGCGAGAAUGACUAUUUAUGUAAUGACCGGAUACUUGACUCAUUUAGAGAAGCUCUCAGUCCUAUUCAUGACUGUCGGCCGGAACGCACCGCGAUAUCAAGCAAUGGCUGCUAUAUAUCCGAAGUCCAAGAACCUGCAACGAUACCUUUGUGAAUACUUCAUUGUUGUCACCAAUCUAUGUUAUCAACUCGUUACUUGGGUUCAAAAGCCAGCUUUGAAUCGAAUUUCAACUUCCCUCAGAGACCCUGACAUGAAAAGCUUUCAGGCAGACCUAGAAACAUGGUCCGCGUCUAUCAAAGAAGAGGCAGAUCUAUUGCUUAGCCAACGUUUCCAAGAGGAAGCCAAAGAAAACGCGACCUUCAGAUCGAUAAUAUCGUAUCGCUCCGAAUAUAUUCACUAUCGACAAAGGAUGGACAGAAGCAUUCGCUUUCUAGACGCUUGCUCGCAGCAUGAUUAUCGCACGACAUGGAAGCAAACGCGCAAGCGUGGGACAACUCGGACUCUACCUUCAUACCGUGAAUACCAGAAAUGGAAAAAUACUCCGUAUGUUGGUAAUUCAAUUCUUUUCCGUGGCAAGCUGGGGGCAGGGAAAUCUGUCCUCCUCGCAAACAUCAUCGACGAUCUAAACCUUCUUCAAAACGCCAUUACGCUAUACUUCUUUGCGCGCCAUGACACUCCAGACUCUCUCAGCUCUCGAACUAUCCUCGGGUGUCUAGCCCGACAGCUGUUGGAAAGCUUCGUCAACGAUACCAGGUUCGACCACAUAUUCGCGGAGCGCGUAUCUCAACUAGACCUCGAUGAUAUUAUUGUGAUCUUCAACACCAUCCCAUCUCAUGGUCGACCUGUAUAUGUCGUAGUCGAUGGACUCGAUGAAUGCUCUACAGAAGAACAAGAAACCGUACUGCGCUGUCUAUCAUCAAUCAAACCCAAUGGCUACAAGAUCUGCACAUCAGUCAGGACUCCUACGGAAAGCUCAGUAUGGGAAGGCCAGUCUUUCGAAUUUUGCGAGCCUAUUCCAGAAGAAAAUCAGGACAUAUCCGACUUCGUGCAAGUUGAAGUCGACCAAAGAGUAAGAAAUAAACGACUAGUUACUCUAGACCCGUUGCUAGUCCGAGACAUCAAACAGGAGCUCAUCGAUGGCGCGUGUGGGAUGUUUCUGUGGGUUGCACUGCAGCUUGAUUCAAUAUGUUCCGAAAUAUCUGAUAGUGCAAUACGCGAAGCAAUUCGCGACCUUCCGCGGGAUCUCACGCAGACAUACGAACGAAAUCUACUCAAGUCCAGCUCAAGUGACUCCAAUGGUUACCACAUUAGAAUUUUCAAGUUACUCGUGGGCGCCAGAGAGCCGUUGACUACAGAGCAGCUACGAGAAGCUGCUAGUGUCAAGACAGGGCACACCAUUUGGAGUCCACAACAGCACAUCAGUAACAUCCAAGCGGUUCUAAGGUUCUGUGGCUGUCUUGUGAUGGUUGACGAAGAAGAUGAUACAGUCAGGUUCAUCCAUCACAGUGCUCGAAGUUUCUGCCUCAACUCGCCCAGAAAUGCAGCAGAAUGGACCUUUACUGAGAGAGAAGCCAAUCUUGCCAUUGCUGAGACAUUGGUGACCUAUCUCAGCUACAACGUUUUCGACACUAGGCUGUCUAAGAACGUCGUCCCUAAGAUUGACGCCAACCGCAUACCUGCAAAGUUUGCGUUGAGUACGAUGACAAACCACCAAGUGGGGAGUCGCGUCACGAACAAGUUGUUCAGACUGAAAUCUCAAGUUAAACAGAAUAUCGGCCCAACUCUCGCUGAACUCGGCCCAAGUUAUCAAGAGAGCGAUGUGCAAGAAUUCUUUUUGCUUUCAUAUGCGAAGAAUAACUGGAUACGGCAUACUUCGCGAUUGGAGAGUCUUCCGUCACUUCCCCACUGGUAUCAUCUACUGGAUCACGCAACCUUUGGGCUUAAGGGCGAGGAUAUCGAUGUCGCUGUGCGACAAUUUGCCGUGUAUACCGAUAGUAACAUAGGCAUAUCCCCUUUCAACGCAUCAUUAUACGCGCACCCGCAAAUGAUCUGGGCAAUGUUCAAUGGCCACAUUCUCCUUCUUAGACAUGAGAUCAUCAAGUAUCGUGGAGUAGCAAAGCUACAGGCCUUUGCUUGGCUCUGGCUUCUUGUGACGAAACUCCCAGAACAGGCCCUUUUGCAUCUAGACUAUCAUCUUGCCAGGUGGUUAUGUCUGAUGCUUAUUCGUCUAGGUAGAAACCAGCCAGCUAAGACUCUCCUUUUACGUCGCCUUUCAGCUUCUGAUGAUUGCUUUGUUAAAUAUGCUCGUGAAGCUAUCAUUUCCUCUGACGCCGAAGCCUUUACCUUUUUCUUGAAUCGAUUCACGGCGGAGGAUAUUCAGCACUUCAAAGACAGUCCACAUCUCACAGAGUGGGCUAUAUCUUCUGGGAACGCAAGCAUGCUCUGUCUCCUAGUAGGAAAAGGCCUAGCGACAGAUCCUGUCGUCAACGGGCGUGGCAUUAAUCAAGCCUUGAAGCUCGACUUUCCAGAUGAACUCAAAUUCCGCUUGGUAUAUUACCUUUUCCGUACUGAUUUCGACUUUGAUAUCCUUGGAGAGGAUGGGCUUUACAGAGUGAUCCAGCUAUUUCGCGAUUAUGCUGCUCUUGAAAAAGUAUCCCAUAUGAUUCGAAAGCUCUUCGCUUCUGAUAGCCGCAUAUCCAGUCGAAAACAUGAGGUCCUUUUGCGCAUGGCAUGUAUAUGGGAGCAAUGCGACGUGAAAGAGACUCUGUUACAAUUCUCAACUAGUCCCGAUACGAGUGCAUUGGGAAAAAGUUGUCUAGAUAUCGCACUUCAUGGUCCUUUUGAGGACCGAGAAAGACUUAUUUGGACUCUUCUUCAAUUCGGAGCACAGCCAACUACGGAAACAGUAGACCAAGCCUUGGAAAUGCGAUAUUGGAAUCUUGCAUCGUAUUUGACAAUGCAAAUCAAACCUGACAGGCCGAAACCUCAUUUCAGCGACGACUCGGCCGCUACCAUAGACUCAUUCCUCGCCUAUGCCGAGCUCAGGGAGGAUUUGCAUAAUCCCAUGACGCAGCACUGUCAAUUGCAUUUAUAUGUAUCGUAUGAUCGGGAGAAUUACCAGUUCUACAUCGGACCUCCAGAUGCCGGAGAUCGCUGCUGGGAAGCCGUUCGUGCUGCAGGAGCCCCAAAUUCUCAGUUCACCAAGACGCAGGCACCAGGUUAUGCGCGGACUUAUGACCAAUCUCCAGACACUCAGAGUCGGACUACACUGGCUGUUGAAGUAGCUGUAUUCAUGAUUGAUCCAGAAUUCCCAGAACAAGACCAGACCACGUGCUUGAGACUUAUUACCCCAACCAGCUUGGAUGUUAUUUCCGAAGUCACCAGAAGAUGGCAGUCAACAUCGCAUAUCCUUGACUUGCUAAAUACCGACAGCGACUCCGCCAUGAUGAUUGACUACGAAAAUUGUUAUCCGAUCUGGGAUAGCAUAUGCCGAAACGGUGGCUUGGGUCGGUGGUUACUGCCAGAUUCAUUCUGGGACACUCCAAAGAUUCGGGAAGUCGUUGAACAGCGCCACUAUCUGAUGCGUAGGCAGGUCGAAGACGCCCAUCGGGGGCUGCAUAUCCUAAAUAAAUGCAUUUCUUUGUUACUACUACUACGUGGAACGACGGCACACGACGAUGGCGAGAUAUACCUUCCGUCAAUACUCUCCGAAGGGCGAUGGUUUCCAGAGGGCAUUUCGUCCGAUCUUGUGUACAUGGGUCUCCGCAUUCAAUGGUUAAGGGCUUUAGGGGUCAUGUUUGACAGCGGGUUUCUUUCAAAGGCCAAUGUUACUGAGCAAUUGUUAGUAGAAAUGGGCAGUAUGGCUGAGAUCCUGCCUGGAAUGAUUGACAUGCACGAAGGACUGAAGUAUCGUCUUCACUACCACAACAUCAUGCCUGAUAUUCUCGAAGCAGCCUUCCUCGGUGCUGAGGGUAGGGGGGUUCUCGCCGGUCUGCUUCGUCAGAUGAAUCAGUGGACCAUAGAGGUUUGCCACUGGAUUGAAACAGUGGACACAGAAGUGUUUAUGUUGUCUAUGGGUGAGAAUGCGCCUCUAUCGUUCGCAAGAGCAUUCCAAUCAUUCCGCGAAGUGGGUGCCACUGAUGAACAGAUGGAGAUGCUAGAACGAUCACUGGAUAUUGCUAGGGGGAAAGUACCAGAGCUAGAGUGA